AUGCGCGGCUUCGCUGUUUCGCCGACAUAUGAUCCCGCUAACACCCGAUUCGGAAUAGGCCCAGUGGCCGUGGUGGCGACGCAGACCUGUUUUGGGGCUGAAAAAUCUCGGCUAUUUUCAAGUGAGAGUCGCACCGACAUAUGGGUUAUGUACCAAGUACACGACGGCGAAGGUAUGAUCAUUAAGGCUAUCGAGGGCUGCAUUUGGAGUUUGAAGGCAGCGAUUACCCGUGCGGGCAAGAGAAUGGACUUUCGCUGA